AUGGAUUUUGUUAUGGGACUCCCUCAUACACAACAAGGAGUCGAUUCUGUUUUGUUUGUGGUUGACAAGUUUUCUAAGAUGGCGCAUUUUAUUGCUUACAAGAAGACUGCAGACGCUUCCAACAUAACCAAACGGCUUUUCAGGGAGGUUGUGCUGUUGCAUGGUGUUCCUAAAUCUAUUAUGUCAGACCAUGUCACCAAAUUCCUUAGCCACUUUUGGAUAACCUUACGGAAGAUGUUUGGUAUGGACUUGAAUCGUUGUAGCACCGCUCAUCCGUAG